AUGGACACUACUGCUAGCCUCCACUUCAUGAACCAAGAGUUUGCCAAACUUGACCAAUUCGAUGGUCAGAACUACACCCGUUGGGCCGAGAAGGUCAGGUUCAUGUUUCAUGUCUUGAAGCUCGCCUUUGUGUUGGACCCAAAACCGGCACCAAUUCCUACUAAUCCAAUUCCCGAGGCGGGGAAAACCGUGGACCCAGCGGUCAUCGCAGAACUGGAAAAGCAAAGGACUAUGCGUAGAGAGUCUGAGGAACUGUGUGUGGGUCAUAUCAAGAACUCCCAAUCUGAUCGACUCUAUGAUCUUUACUCACUGAUCAAAGAUCCAAGAGAGCUAUGGAAUGCGUUGGAACUUAAGUACAAGGCACAUGAGGAAGGUACUAACAAAUACCUUGUGUCUAAGUACCUAGAGUUUCAAAUGGUUGAUGACAAAUCAAUUAUGGAGCAAGUGCAUGAACUCCAAGUCAUGGUCAACAAGUUGAACGCACUCUCCAUCUCUAUUCCAAAACUCUUUCAGGUUGGUGCGAUUAUCGCAAAACUACCACCCUCGUGGAAAGAUUUCUCUAAGAGAAUGAUGCAUAAAUCUGAGGACUACUCCUUGGAUGAUCUGAUGAAACACCUCUGCAUUGAGGAGGAAACUCGCAUCAGGGACAAGCAUGGUAAAGUCGGAUCAAGUGUGCAUCACGUGUCAGUUGGGGGUUCUAGUCAUAAAGGCAAGUCUAGGGGACAAAACAAGAAGAACUUGGGACCCAAGAAACAAAGCUUCAAGAAACCGGGUCAUUCGAAUCCUAACUCCAAGCUAAAGAGGACCGGACAUUGCCACGUCUGCGGAGAGAUUCGGCACUAUGCUAGAGAAUGCAAGGAUCGCAAAUCAGGACCGGUAGCACAUGCAGUCGAGCAGGUGACUAACAUGGUGGCAAGUGUGAACCUUGGAGAGAUUUUUGUGAUCUCCUCCCUUACCCGAGCAAUCAGUGCUCGAGGAUGGUUCGUGGACACUGGAGCCACCGUGCAUGUUUGUGGGCAAUGA